AUGGACUUGUUUGCGGUCAAAAAAAAUUGGAUUCAGCUGUCAGAACAUGAAAUCGUGAACAUCGUUCUGAAAAUUACAAAAUGUAAAGUUUCUGUCGACUGCGAAAUGGUGGACUGCAUUACCAUAUGCAACAGCGCCUGCAUAACAUGUAUCUGGUGCAUUCUCUUUUCGGUAUGUUUUCCAAGAUUCUCGAAAAAUCUUAAGAAAGUGGAUUCGAGCGAGUGUUGCAUACGCAAAAAGUCGAAUCUGAAACACCAGAAAGCACAUACGCGUGAUUUUUCAAGAUGCGUGAAAGCCGAUUUAGUUCGUGCACGACGAUUCAAUGAUUGUUCGUGCUUUGAACGUGAUCAUGAAGAUCGACGAGAACAUCGUUCCCGAGAAAAAAAGUGCGAUCGAGCAUUAGGAGAACGUCGAAAUGCAUGUCGAUGCUUAAAAAAGGAUAGGAAAAUUUCGCCAAUAUAUAAAAGACCGGUCAAACAUUCGAAUAGUUACAGCAAGUCGGACAGAUCUCUAAGCAAAAAGAAUAGCAACACAAUUUUGGAAGCAGACAAAAGUGAAUAUGUCUGUAAAAAAUCUUGA